UUAGGACCUCAGAGGCAUUGCUCUUUUCUGACUGAUUCAGUAAAGGAGGAAGCGUGUUGGCGAUGCUGGCAAUAAAAGGCGCUGAAUAAUUAUAACGUUGAAAUAUCAUGAAUUGAUCUAAAAUUUGUGAUUUUAAUUUAGGGAAAAGAAAACUCUGGAUGCAGUUGAAGAAAGAACUCAUUUUAACAGGGGCGGUGACUGAUACUACUAUCUGCAGCUGUUAAUAUGUCAAGUACCUCUCCCGGAAGGCAGAAACGCAAGGAGGAAAUUCAGAAAGGCCUGCAUUUUAUUCAGUCUCCCUUGCCUUAUCCAGGAAGUCAAGAUGAAUAUGAGACUUUUCUGCACCAGCUGGUUAAAAACCUGCUGGAGGAAGGGAACGGGCUGUACAGAGAAAGUGAUUAUAAACUAGCCCUGGCCCAGUAUGUAGAAGCCUUGAACGUAGCGCAGUACGCAGAAUCAGAUGAGGUGGUAAUCUCGCAGCGUCUGCUUGAGAAGCUGUACGUUAAUCGAGCUGCCUGCUACUUUAGUAUGGGUAUGUACGAGAAAGCUUUGGAAGACUGUGAGAGCACACUAAAGCUCAAUGAAACUAACUAUCGGGCACUUUAUCGGAAAACACAAGCUCUCAAUGCGUUAGGAAGGCAUAAAGAAGCUUACGAAUGCAUUGCCAAGUGCUCCUUUGCUGUUCCACAGGAUGAAAAUGUCGUGAAAUUGACACAAGAACUGGCACAGAAACUGGGGCUAAGGAUCCGUAAAGCAUAUAUCAGAGCUCAGCAAGACAUGGAUACAGUGGGUCUGACAGAGAUUGGCCACUCAGUGAACAGUAGCCAGGUCUCCAUAAAUGGCACAAGUGGCAUUGAUGAUAUAGAAUCAGGUUCACCUUUGGAGCUCCCACGUAUCCCUGUUCCAGCCACUAUUCCUGCGCCAGUCAGUGAAGUUUCAGUCCCCAUUUCAUCAGUUUCUGUUAGUAUCCAGCAAACACAGACACAUUCUACUCUACUGAAAACUCCUGUUGGUGAUGGGGUCUCUCUCUCAGUGCCUGAAACCACGGAAGAAUUUCCAGAUGAGGAGAUAAUUGGAGAAGAACUGGACACAUUGUUGGAUUCCAUUGGGGAGGCAAAUGAUUUUCCCAUGACCUCAGUGGCUGGGACUGUUCCGACAAACCUACCCAGUGACAUGCCGCGUUUACUUCCCAUCUUUCGCACUGGUAGCCCGGUCCUCCCAUCUGCCCUGAAGGGGAACAUUGGCUCAAAGGUUUCACUCCCAUCAGCCUAUCCAAUGCUUUCUGUCCAGAAGAUGGACUCCCUGGAUAGCAUCGUUCCAAACACAAUCGUAAAUAGUUUGGAUUCCUUGGACCUACUCCCUGCAACGGAAUCUCGGCCUGCUUCAAGACCAAUGACACCAAACAGUAAUCAAAGUACCUCCAGCAGCUUUGCACUGGGUAAGCAAUCCAACAGCCUGUCCUCCUUGAGCAGUUCCUCAACAUACCUUGGAGUAGUGCGAGGAGACAGUAGGUCGUUCUUGUCAUCAUCAUCGCCACUGACGAAGAACCCACUCAGUGACACACAUGACCUGCGCCAGGCUUGCUCCAGCUGCUUCGUUAAAAUAGGCAUUAAAGCAUUAGAUUAUAAUUAUAACCCUGACCUGGAUCACAAGUGUGGAAAAGAUAUAUUGAUUGGAAGAUUGAAGAGUUCAACAGACACACGGUGGAAGAAAAUCAGGCCUCGGCCUACCAAGAAUAAUUAUGGGGGGCCAUACUACAUUUGUAAAGAUAUCGCGAGUAAAGAAGAUUGCAAAUAUGGGGACCAGUGUACAUUUGCUUAUUGUCAAGAGGAGAUAGAUGUUUGGACUUUGGAACGUAAAGGAGCCAUAAACCGCGAGCUACUCUUCGAUCCACUGGGGGGUGACACGAGAGGCAGCCUCACAGUAGCUAAACUGCUGAAGGAACAUCUUGGCUGCUUUAUGUUCCUUUGUGAGGAAUGUUUUGACAGUAAACCCAGAUUAAUAAGCAAGAAGGCUAAGGACAGCACAUCACUCUGCUCUAAUCCAGAUGCUAAGCACAACUUUGAAGAUAAUAAGUGCUUGGUCCACAUGCUGUGCGACACAACGGUGAAGUAUUCCAAGAUCCGGCAGUACCAGGACCACUGCCAGUUUGAUGUGUGCCGACACGAGGUACGUUAUGGGUGUCUACGGGAGGACAGCUGUAACUUCGCUCACAGUCUCAUCGAGCUGAAGGUCUGGGUGAUGCAACAGAGUUCAGAGAUCACGCACGAAGAGAUUGUACAGGAGUCUACGCAACACUGCCUGAAUGUGGAAGCUAGUGUGAGUCGAGCACAGGUGCCAUCUGGAGCUGGCAAGGUACCCUCGCUGGGAAUGAAGAUGAAAUUUGUUUGCAGCCAGUGUUGGAGGAAUGGGCAGGUCGUUGAACCAGACAAGAACCUCAAGUACUGCAGUGCCAAAAUACGACAUGGAUGGACUAAGGAGCGGCGAGUAAUGCUGGUGAUGUCGAGUGAGCGGAAGAAGUGGGUUGCUAUCCGCCCAUUGCCUUCCUGCAGGAACAUCCCACAGCAGUAUGACUUGUGUACACAUGUUGCCAAGGGGAAAAAAUGCCAGUAUGUUGGAAACUGCUCGUUUGCCCACAGUCUUGAGGAGCUUGAUGUCUGGACAUACAUGAAGGAAACUAAAAUGUAUGACAUGCAGCAGGUAUAUGAGAUGUGGCUGAAGAACCAGAAGCCAAUGAUGGCCGGGGAGCCCACUGAGCUCAGCACUAAGCAGAGUGAGAAGCAGAUCCAUAUGCCCACCGACUACGCCGACGUGGGGCAAAUUGGCUACCACUGCUGGCUUUGUGGGAAAAACAGCAACAGUGAGAAGCAGUGGGCGAAACACAUCACGUCGGAAAAACACAAAGACAAGGUGUUCAAUUCCGAGGAUGAUCAGAACUGCUGGCAACAUCGUUUCCCUAUGGGAGAGUUUAAACUGUGUGAGAGACAAAGGAAGAAAUCCUGUCCUGAUGGUGAUAAAUGCCAAUUUGCCCACAGCCAGUCAGAGCUGGAAGAGUGGAUCGAACGCAGGGAUUUAAUGAAAAUGAAAUUUGCCAAAGCCAGGAAGGACAUGCUGAUCGCACCAGACGACAAUGAUUUUGGCAAAUACAGUUUUUUGAUGAAGGACUUAAAUUAAUGGAUAAAACUGGUUCAGUUUAAUUGUUGCUGCAACACUUUUAAAUUUUAAAGAGAAGAAAAUUGCUUUUGGUAAAAUGAUGAGUACAGUCCUGAACCGUGACCUCAUUACACCGAGGUAAUCCCUGUUGUCUUGCGCGCUGCGUUUUUCUCUCGUGUUUAAAUGCAGCUGUAACAAAGGCAGGAGCAGCUUUAAAUCGAGACAGAAAAGAAAGUGCUCACAACUGUUUACAGAUGUGUAGGAUGUUCCUGGGGUUAGGCAGGGUGGGAGGCGAGGGUUUGGGGAUCUGUGUACAGUGACAGAUUGGUUUGUGAACCCACAUUACACUUAGAACCACAGGGACAGCUUCAUGAAUCUAUAUGAGGCAGAGCUGAGCCAUAGUGACUAGAAUCUCAAGAGGAUAAAUGCACUGAGUCAGAUAGUGUGACUGUAUAGGGGAAGGAACUCAAACGGCAUGAGGGACAGAGGGACCAGGAUUUCUCCUGAUGGAUAACCCCUGAUAUUUAGUUCCUAGUCUGUGGCACACCAUUAUGACCAUCAAGCAGUGAGAAACAAGUACACUGACCAUAGACGGUGGGAGGGCUUUUCCCUGCGUUAGGGCAGUGCUGUGGAGGGAGAGGGAGGGCAGAAAGUUUGCAAUAACCUAAGUUGAAGAAUCACAAUGAGAAAAUUAACUCCUAACUCUAUCGACAUGAGAAACGGCAGAAUAGCUUACAUUAUCAAUCUUGUAUGUUUAUCUCCCUGUAGCAGAGCUAUUUGGAAAACAACUUGUAGCCCACCAGAGCUGUUGAUGUGCAGUUGAGCAGUCGGUCCAGUGAUAAUGCUGAAUAAAAACAAAGUUGCUGGAAGAGCUUUUUGCUCCUGAUUUACAGCAUCCGCAGUUCUUUCGGUUUUUAUUCAGUGAUAGUGCUGAACUGAGUCAGCAUCUGCCCAUUGCGUCUGUUGCACUGCUUUCACAGAAUAGAUAGGGCAGUUUGUACAAGGUUUCAAUUAAUGCACUGCCCUGUCACCCCUCUCCCAUUUCCAUCCCUGUAGUUGCUGAUUCCUGCCGAUAUCCUUCUACAUCCACACACGGGUUGUUAAUUCUUAAUGUGUGAACCCAGGCUGUGAGGUUAGGAGAAUGUAAAGCUGGUUACUGUAUUCACCAUAUACUUGCACAUGCGUCGUGGAAAAGCACGGAGAAUCCACUGAGUAACAACCGGGUGAAGAAACCCUGCUCAAUUUGUUUUAAUCUCCCUCCGCUCAACCCCCACCUAGUCAAGUGACAUUGAGGCUUGAAGCAAAGUAUUGUCAGCACAAGAUCCACCCUAACCCAGGCCAUGCCUUCCCCUGGUCCUAUCUCAGUUGUGUGUUGGUUAUAUCGACUGGGUCAUGAAGCAAGUUUUGGUUUAUUAAACAGAAAGAUCAUGAUAUAAAUCACCUUUUUAAUCAUUGAAGCUAGAGGAACUAAAGUUGACUUUUUGAAAGGAUGAAUUAAAUGAACCAAAAUAUCCUUAUCAUCCAAAUGUACCUGUUGGUGUAAAUUAAAAGGAAAUGGGAGGAGAGGGAAUAUUCUCAAUCAGGAAUAUUUCUCUUUUCCAACACUCCCACCCACCAAAGGCACUUUUCUGUUUUAAGUUUGCUUGGCUCCUUCUAAUUAACUUUUACAACUGGGAAAUGCAAAUCAAUUCGUACCGAAGAAUAUAUCAUAAAAGAUCAUUUAUUUCUUUCAACUGGUGUUAAGAGUUCAGGAUACAGCUGUCUGUGUCUCCCUCUGUCUAUCUCUCGUUUCUCUCUCAUUAACUUCAAUUUGUGUUCUUUGCUAAAAACCGGCCAACUCUCCCUGCCUCUCCAAACAGUCCAUUCUGUAUAUUCACUGCUUCUAUGUAAGGCUCUACACAAAUCUCAUUCUGUCUCUCCUUAUCUCAAUCUAUUAGCAUAUCCUUCUGUUCCUUCCUCCAAUUCGUAUAUUCAUAACAUCUAUUCUAUUUGCCUUCAAAAUAUGCCAUGUGAAAGUGAGUUCCACGUUUUGACCACCCUCUGGACAAAAAGGUUUCUCCAAAGUUCAUUUUCAAUUCAAUAAUUUAUUUUUAUAUCUACGACAUCGAGGAUAAGACUUUACAAAAGUGGAAAUAUUCUUUUCUACGUCUGCCCUGUUGCAUUCUUUGUCAUUUUCCUAUUCCUAUCUAGAGCUGUUCCAUACAUCUUUCAUUAUGCACAUUAUUUUAAGUUGUGUCACCUUGCAACCAUAUAUCUUUUGAGAGAAAAGAGCUAUCUGUGAAACUACAGAUGCAAAUUGAUACAUUAUUGUACACCCAUUGCCUGUAAUCACUGUUGCACAGUUCUUCCAAGUCAGUGUUCCCACUCCUCUCGCUGUUUCAUUUGCACUACUCCCAUCCUAUUGAUUCAAAGUGAAAUGUUAGGACUUAACUAUAAUGCAUAUUUUUAACAACUUGGUGCAUUAAGUCUCGCUCAUUCACACUCUGACCCAAGGCUGUCUUAAUCUAGACCAAACUAAUACAUGGUGCAGUGUGAAAUGAUGUUGUUGGAUAUUUAUAACGUCAUGUUCUAGUGAAAACUGCACGAGAAUGUGUAACAUUACGGAAGUAUCUAAUAUUUCAUGGAGUAGUGUGGACAAUGCAGUGUGAGGAAUGAGUAACUCCUUCAGUGCUAAACCCUACCCUGAACUAGAAUGCCUCAUUGGUAGACAAACAGGAGGCUGGAAGAGUACAGCAAGCCAGGCAGCGUCUAGAGGAAAGGAGCAGUCAACAUUUCAGGUAUUACCCUUCUUCAGGACUGGGAGAAGGGUGAUACCCGAAAUGUUGACUGCUCCUUUCCUCCAGAUGCUGCCUGGCCUAACUGUGUUUGUCUACCUUAGAUUUCAGCAUCUGCAGUUUUUUUGUCUCUAACUAGAAUGGCUCAGUGUCAGGCAACAUGUGGAUUUGUGCAGGGCACUGCAGGGAGGUAGAACAGGAGGAGACAAUCAAAGGCAGUGUCAAAGAGGGAGAUAUUAAUAAGGUAGGGAGAGAGAGUUAGUGAGGUGAAGUAACCUUUAGUGGAAAGCAAAUUGAAAACUUUGGAUCGGCUUACAAUCUUGAGUCUUGCACAAACUUGUGUGGGAAUGGGAGAUCAUUCAGCCCCUCAAAACUGUUCUGCUGUUAUUUAGAAUAGCUUAUCUGUUUCUUACUUCUAUCUACUCAGCUUGAUUCUGUGAGCCUUAACACCCUUCGAUAACAUGUCCAGUUGAUGUUUGCAGCUGAUUAUUUUGAACCAGCUGGUGCUUUGUUCUUGCCAGGGGCAACUGGUAACAGGACCAACAAAUCCUGUUCCCUGAGCUGCAGUGAGAGCUUUGAUUGCAGUCAGCGUUAUAAUUUGUGGGAGUUGUCUAUGUACAUGGUGCUUAAGGAAUGAGCUUUGUCAUCAUGCUGAGCAGCUCAGCGAUCAGCAUUUUCACCACGUCUGGGAUUUCUCACAAAGAAAUCAUGCUAACCCUUAUUGAGCCGCUCAGUACAGGAAUCUGUAAGCUCUCACCCUGAUUAAUUUGCCAUCAUGAAACUAUUUAAUAUCCUAUAUUUACAAUAGAACCAAAUCUAUCCUAAUGACAACGCAUUUUAUAUAGUUAGGGUCUUUAUUUUUUUUCGAGCUACUGAUUUUAGGAACAGACAAAGAUUGGUAAGCUGCUUUGAAUGUUUAUUGUAUGUGCUGCAAGCACUUUGGUCUCAUGGAACAGUACAACUGACUUCUCUUUUGGUACAAAACCAACUUUUCCACAAUGUAGACCUAGUGUCGCAUUGUCUCGUUUAUUCACCUGGAUGUCAGGUCAAGUCUAGACUGUGUUGGACUGGAUAUAUUCACAGAUUCUAUUGGCAAGACAUGAAGUUUGGGGAUGAAUAGAUGCUGUAGACCCCAGGUAAUGAGGCAAUGGAUUAUAGGCUGAUCCAUUCCCCUCCUUCCAUCCUGGUGAAGUGUAGAAGCCAGCAGAAAGUCAUUUUGAUAGGAUUGCUGAGUCCAAGCCUUUUACAUUAAGUAAUGUUGGUGUUAGCAGGACAGACGAUCAUACCCUCAGUCCUGAAGUCUUGUUUUGUUAGAGGGUUAGUGAUAUUCGUUGGAAAAGACAGUGGGGUCUUUGCUCCACCUAAGGUUCUCAGCAUUCCAGGAUAGCCCUGGAUUCUCCAGGAGUUAUGGGACAAUCUCCAAGACACUGCUACCAUCAAACCCGGGAGGACAUUCGUAGGCAUGUUUUAGAAAUUAAUCAUGGCUCUAUUUGUCACCUUCAAUCUUCUUUAUAUUCUGCUCCAUGUCAUUCACUAGCUUUCUUUGUUGAAGAAGCUGCAGUCCUGCUUACAUGAGUACACUGGCUUUUGGCAGGGAGCUGUGGUGAAACAUUUAACACGUUUCUUCUAUAUCUCCUGGAGGAUUGAGUUAUUUCUCAAUAAUUAAUCAGUUUGACAUGAUUAAGCAAACGAGGAACUCAGUUAUAUUCCAUCUGGUCUUGUAACUAAUCAGGAUCGUUAAACUUUUAGAUUGGCUCUUUAAUCGUGAUCGACUUAGAACUUGCAAUUCAAGUGAAACCCCAAAAUCUUACAUCUUUGAUAGUGAUGCUCCAUAAUUAAACCUGCUACUAAUAACCGUCUGUUCAGAAAGUUAUAUUAGGCUGAUGUUAAAGCGAUUGGCGUGUGUAGUUGAUUUGGCAUAGAUUGGAUAGGUUCACCCAUCAAGUAGUGAGACUGUGUGUGUCAGACAGAGAGGUUGGCGGCACAUGUUGAUAUCUCCAGGAACACGGACAGGGCAUUGUUGGUAACCGUGGUCCUUGCUCAAGGCAGAAGCAAGGCUCCUACUUCUAGUACAAAUGUUCAGCUUACAGUAUAUAAAAAAGAUUCUCCUGGCAGGUGACAGAAUCCUAUCUACAAAGAGAGGUUUUGGAAAAUAGGUGCAUCAUUGUGGCAAAGUCUCCGAUUACUGCCCUUCACUUGAGACAUUGUCCAUAGGAGAAUGGAACAAUUCCCUUUUUAUGUAUUUUAAUUAAGACAUUUAAAUACAUUGCUCGCUAACAUUUAAUAAGUUAGUUAAUGAUAAGCCUGGUUCAGUUAAGUCACUUUUUGCUGCAACCAUUUCUUACAUUAAAAUCUUUCUAAAAAAGUUGAGAAUUUUGGAUAUUAUGUCAUUAGUAAUAAUAGCUUAAUAUGUGCUUUCUUUCAAAUAAUGUUAUGAAUAUUAUAUUGUUGAUGCAGUUAGAUGGAUGAUAAGAAUUGUACUUAAAUUAUAACAUGAUAUAUCAUGAAGAAAAGCUGGAUAAUGCUAAUCAUUUUCCAUUAAUCUUAAAGCAUUGGUUUGUGUUUGGCUAGUAAUGAGAAUGCAAGGCUUGAGGGAAAUGAAUGGGCGGCUUGAAGGCAUUUCGGAAUCAGAAGAAAAUCCAAUUAAAAUUAAGGAGCUGCCUUGGGAUGUUACAUUUGGCCUCUCACCUGGGAUUCCAAGCCACUUCGGGUGAACUCCUGCUGGAAGAUGGAGGCAAGGUUAAGAUUUGGCUUGGGGAUGCCCGCUGUAGUCGGAUAGUCUGUUGGAUCAGAUGUGAGAAAACCCCCACAUGUAAGGUAGCCAGCAGAUCACCUGAAUCCCAUAGGAAUCCGUGACUGAUAAAGAGAAAUAUACAGGUCCCAGCCAGGAAUGGACAUAUGAUUGAUACAGCCCACGACUGCACAGCAGCCCUUACUGUAUUAUUUCAUUGCACUGGUCUCCAUUUGGGAGACAGACUGUGCAGGAGAGAAGCUGGUGUAGGAUGGCAGGCUGCACUCUUCACUCACACAUCAUGUGUGCUUCGCUAGGUGACGAAAAGGAGAAAGAGAGGAGAGUGUCAAAUUUCAAUAUACUAUUGCAUUAUGAAUGUUAAGAAAAGCUUUUAACUUAGCGUACACAUGUGACAGUUUGUUUAGACAAGGGGGAUUUGAUGAGUAGUAUUAUUAAGAAUGUUUUGAUAAAGUGAGCUUGUCCAAACAAAGCUCAAGAGGAGUUUUGAUUGCUGUAGGGCAUGGAUCUAAGGUCAUUAUUAAAAGAUUGAGAAUAUUUUUGAAGAUGUUUAUUGAGAUAGGAAAAUCCCCUUGCAGAAUUUAAAUUUGCUCUUAAAAUAGAAAUGGAUAAAUAUUUUUGUUUCGAAGGGUAUGGGGGAAGAGGAAAGCAGAAUGUGACAAAAUUGUUUGUUCCUCUAGAGAGUCAGCAGUGGACCACCAGGCCCCACAUUGAUCCAGUGUCCCUUCUCCAUGCUGGAAGUGUAAUGGGGCCAGGCAGCAACUCUCCCCAUACACCCCCGAUUCCGAUUCUGUCACAAAUCCCAGAGUCACCUGGCUUAGCGCUGCUUAAAUGUCAUCCUGAGUCCCCUGCCAAUGAUUGGCUAGGAAUGUGAAGGUCCACAGGGAGCUUUGAAAGCAGGGUGCUCCUCGAGGGGCCAGGGAACCAGGGAAGUAGGAGGAACUAAAGAAAUGAAAAGAGCAUGGGAGUUGAAGCAUCAAUCAUCGUAAUCCUGCUGCGAUCUACCAUCCAGAAAUAAACAGGAUCACAGGAUUGUAAAAACAGACUGGGAGGCUCAGCAGAGUAACCGUUCCCAUGCUCCAAACUAUUCAAACACUGAGGCCAAAUGUAGCACCCCAACUCCAGGCAUGAGGUUCAUUCACUCACUCUGCUUCGCAGUUGCAAUUUGGUGAAUAACCUGGUGGCAGCAGGUUUUGUUUCCCUAAAGUUCUUAUUUCUAAACUGUUGGAUUCCAAGGGCCCCAAUUCAAGUUGCAUUUGAGAGAGUGUUACUGUCCAGUAGCAUCUGAACAGUGAGGCUGUGAACAUGGCUAUGCUAAAUACCAGUCAGACCGUAUAAAUUAGGACAAGAGCUGAGGCAGCGGAGAAGUGGGGGACACGGGCAAGGAAACAAAAUGAGAUGAGGACCCCCUUUCUCCCCUUGAUUGAUGUUUGGAUUCUCAUUUCAGUCAUUCUACAUAAUUAAGAUCAUGUUUACAUUUUUUUUAUAUUAUAUAUAUAUAUGAAUAUAUACGUACAUAUAAAAUACAAACAAGUACCUUUGUAAUGUGUUGGGGCCCUCAGUGAUUGUACAAGAUGUUGAUGUUCUUUGUUUAAAAUGUCUUCUACGAAGAGAGCAUGUGAACCCAGGUGGCCCCUGGUCAAAUGAGGAGAGUAAAUAUAAUGACUUGUGGCAGGCCUGUGUGGAUGCAGAGACUGCUGUAGGUGAAUGGCUUAAUGUAAAACUAUUGCAGAUCAGUAUUUCAAAUAAUUUGAACAGAAUUAUGGAAACAAGAGUGAGCCGUGAACUGUAAUCUUGCUCCAUUGCAGUGGGUCAAGAUAGUGUUAUUCAUGCGACUGUGCUUGCAGAGAAACUUGCUUUAGUGGUCACUUGGAGCCUCAUCUGAUUCAGCCAAUAUAAGUUUUUUGCCAAAUGCAGUUAUCAUCCAGUACAGAGGGAGGCCAUUCAGCCAAUUAACUCUGUGCCAGCUCUUCAAAAGCCCCAUUCUUCUGCUCUUUAACCCUAAGUUGUGUGGUUCUCCCCAGUCUCUUCCAAAUAUUUAUCCAAUUCCCUAUUGAAAAUUAGUGAAUCUGCUUUGAGAUUUUAAUAACCCAUUCUGUUUUUGUUUUAAAUCCCAUCCUCUUUGCCUAUUUUGCUAAUAACUCUGCAGUCUCUGACUUGUAUUGUCUGUCUGACCAGAACCUUGUGUGCUCUGGGAGCUGGAGAUGAAAAGUACUUUGGGAAAUUAGGAAAAGGAAAAGCCAACUGAUGGUUUCUACAAGGUCCUCAGCAAGUUGAUAUCCUUCCAUCUGCCAGAGAUGACAGGGAACUCGGCUCUUAGAACUUUGCUGCGUUCAGAGUCCAUUGACAUCCACUGUCCUACUGAUCAUUGAUCAUAGACUCCCUACAGUGUGGAAACAGGCCCUUUGGCCCAACAUGUCCUCACUGACCCUCAUCCCACCCAGACCCAUCCCCCUAUAGCCCACCUAAUCUACACAUCCCUGAACACUACGGGCAAUUUAGCAUGGCCAGUCCACCUAACCCGUACAUCUUUGGACUGUGGGAAGAGACCGGAGCACCCGGAGGAAACGUGUUGGUCUGAAAAGGCUGCGUCUGUCACACAAUACCCUUGGUCGCUGUGCAGGCCGGUCUCUGCUGAUGCCGCCUUUGCCAGGCUGGCAUCUGCUCUGGAGCUUCUGAACUCGUGUGUUAUCAUUGGUGGCAAAUUCCUCCCCACAUCUGAUGCAAACAGUGGCACCAAUCUUUCAGCGAGAGAGCAUGUCUGAUCAGUUGUCACAGGUUCCCUCCGGCCUGUGUCUAAUUAAAGAACCACACCAUGGAUGGGAGUGUCAAUGUGGAGACAGUGUCAUCCCGUCCAUUUCUCCCACCCCCACCUUCCUAAUUCCACCCUCUCUCUCUUCCCUGCCUGUCUGGCUGAACAGUCCUGUAAUGAAUUCAUCCUAUUGCAAAGAUCAGUUUUUAAGUUCAAUCACACAGGUGUCCAUUUGAUGCAGGUUUGACUGCAAGUGCUUUGAUUCAACCUAGGACUAUAUGUAUUAACGGGAGAGUUUUACAAACAAAUGUAUCUUGUUGAGCCAUGGGAUCUAAUUCCCAGUCUUGCUGGUUUGAUUCUGUAGGCACGUUCCCAUUAAGAAGCUUCUCUUUCAGUUUAAUAAAGGUGUUGUUUUCUGUG